AUGGGCCUCGAAGAGAUCUUCACCAAAGCAGUUCGCGACAGAAAGUUUCAACAAGCCGCCCUCGAGGUGGCCAGCAGCUGUGCUUCGGCCACGCCCGUUAUAAAAAUCGUCCAGGCUGCGAACAAGAUCUCCAAGAUUGGAGAUGUCGUUCAGCAUGCCAACGACUUUCUCUCUAGCGCGUCACAGACGGUAAAGGGAGCCCAGGCUAUCCUACCGCAGAUGCACAUCAUGGGCCAGUCCCUGGUGGACAGUGCAAGACUAUUCAAUCAAUUUUCUAUGGUGGCGACGACGCUGGGCGUGGGCGCGAAUAUUAUCCAGACAUACCAGGGCGUUCAGGCUUUGAACCUCAUCGCCGCCAAGCUCGGUGACAUAUCAAAUAGCCUCGAGGCACAGGCGGCCCUCACAGCUCAACGAGAUUUCCCACAAUACGUCUUCGAUAUGAUCCGAGAACGACUAAGUCAGUCAAGUGUCGACACAGAACGCGAGCACUGGUUCUUCCUCUAUCAUCCCGACACCGACUGGUAUCCCAAGUUCUUCCACCUCGUCGAGGAAAAGCCUUUAAGUCCAAGAUUCUGCGGCUACACCAACCAACUCGACACUGUCUUCAUGUUCAUGCUCGCAGCCCGAGAGCGCAUCAACAAGCGAGAAGCCUACAAAGCACGAAAAAAGCAGUACUGCCGCCCUGUUCAGCUCCAUCUUAUAGUACCAGCAUACCAAACGAUCUUAAUACCCGAGCCCAUCGUGAUUCCCGAAGAGAUUGGAGAUUUCGUCAUCGAAGGUCGCAUCAACAGCAACAGACCCUUUGUGUGGCUCAACCUCCCCGAAAGCCAACAGCAUUUCACAUUCGAUGUCGGCAAGUGGAGCCAACCGCCACCUGGACUAUGGGAGAAAACCUUGGAGUGGAUGGGCAUGUCGGACAAGCCAAAGAUUUCGGACAUUCCACGCGUUCUGGGAGUCGGAGAGAAGAUCGAGAUGAUCGAGGACGAGAAGGCAGAAAUUACGAUCCAGGCGAUACAAGACGACGGUUCGAUGGAGAUUGUAAAGAGGGCAGGCACCGAAUCAACACUCGAACUGGCGAUGGUGGAUAAGCAACAAUCGAUGCCGCUACAUCAAGGCCGUCGAAGUCGUCGCUGGCGCCGUCGCGACAGCAGCCGUUAG